UACGUUUUGCAACACCGGCUGAACAGCUGACCGCUGAUACGUGCGUGGUUCGCGGCAGGAAUUACAUAAAGUUUAGAGCCUCUGACGCCAUAAUCCCGAACAUUCGGCGCUGUUCGAACUCCCCUGCGAAAGAUCACCUAAUCCCCACCAUGUACAGAAUAGCUGCCCUUGCGCGGGAUCGCGCCUGUCUCUUCACGUGCCAGCAGGCGUCGCAGAAUCUGCAGCAGCAGCAGGUUAAGCUAACACUCAUAAAUCUUCAGGGAGCACCAGGACUAAGUCAUGACUUUAUUCCGCAGCCGCGCUUUUAUAGCGCCCCAGGUCGCAGGGCCGGCUUCUUCUCGCAGUUCUUCGACAACAUGAAAUCGGAGAUGGACAAGAACAAGGAGAUCAAGGACAACAUCCGCAAGUUCCGGGAGGAGGCUCAAAAGCUGGAGGAGUCGGACGCCCUGAAAUCGGCGCGACAAAAGUUCAACAUUGUCGAAUCGGAAGCGCAGAAAUCGUCCAGUAAGCUGAAAGAGCAGCUGGGUGCUAUUAAGGAGCGCGUUGGCGAUGUUUUGGAUGAUGCUAGCAAAUCAGACCUAGCCAAGAAGGUCACUGAGGAGCUGUCGAAGAAGGCCAAGGGCGUCAGCGACACCAUUUCUGACACCAGCGGUAAGCUGGGCCAGUCUAGCGCCUUCCAGGCUAUCUCCAGCACGACGACGAUUAUAAAGAAGGAAAUGGACAAUGCGAGUAUAGACAAUCGGGUCUAUCGUGCACCUGCCCAACUGCGCAAGCGCGUCCAGCUUGAUAUGAGCGACAGCGAUCGCGUUUUUGAACCCAACACGGAGGCGACUGGCAUGGAGCUGCAUAAGGAUUCCAAGUUCUACGAGUCGUGGGAGAACUUUAAGAACAAUAAUACCUACGUGAACAAGGUACUCGACUGGAAGGUGAAGUACGAUGAGUCGGAGAACCCUGUGAUCCGUGCAUCCCGCCUGUUGACCGAUAAAGUAUCCGAUGUGAUGGGCGGCCUUUUCUCGAAGACGGAGUUGUCCGAAACGAUGACGGAACUAGUGAAAAUCGAUCCCAGCUUCGAUCAGAAGGAUUUCCUGCACGACUGCGAAACGGACAUCAUUCCAAACAUUUUGGAGGCUAUAGUCCGAGGAGACUUGGAGAUACUGAAGGACUGGUGCUUUGAAAGCACGUUUAACAUUAUCGCCACGCCUAUCAAGGAGGCGAAAAAGGCUGGUCUGUACCUGGACUCAAAGAUCCUCGACAUUGAAAACAUCGAACUUGCCAUGGGCAAGGUGAUGGAGCAAGGACCUGUGCUGAUUAUCACGUUCCAGGCGCAGCAGAUUAUGUGCGUUCGGGACCAGAAGGCGCAGAUAGUCGAGGGCGAUCCGGAGAAGGUGAUGCGGGUGCACUACGUCUGGGUGCUGUGCCGCGACCGCAACGAACUCAACCCCAAGGCUGCUUGGCGGCUAAUGGAGCUAUCAGCCAACAGUCAGGAGCAAUUUGUUUAGCGCGCUGUCACGCCUUUCUUUUUUACCGAGCCGUUUAAGUUUCCCUCAUUUUCUCACCCAAAAAACGAACGAAAAGAUCACUGGACACUGAGCAUUGACGACGUAUUGACCACGAACUCGACCCGCAGGACUCUAUUAAGUGUGUACAAAGGUUUCGCUUUCGAUUGCUUUGAAAGUUUUGUCCGCCACUAGUCUAGACUGCGUCCGCCCGGCAUGGGCUGCUGGUCGGUCCCGCGAAAGAUUACCUCAUGAAUUCCGGGCGCAGCAGACUGCCGGUACCGGCGCGGCUCAUAACCUAACGACGCCCCCGGUCGGCCGUUCCUUGCGGCCACGCCCCCCACCGGUUACGCGUUCGGCGAGCAUCUUCACAGCGAUCGGUGCGGGGAUUGGCCGUCGGGAUCGUGGUUCCUCCGCUGGUGUCCUGGCCAAAUCUAAAAUUUUGAAGCUUAAAGUGCAACCGCCGGUCUAGGCGUAUAAGUAGUGACCAUAAGACAAAUUGUUGAGUAUAGUUCUGUUUAGGUAUUUUAAGGCCCCACCCCAUCAUCCAGAUCCCGACCCCCGUUAGUCUUGUAAAUAUGGAAUUCGCCCAGGGCAGCUUGGGCACUGCAAAUUGAAUGUACACACGGAAUGCAAAGAGUUGUACACGUGCAUCCAAGCGCCACUCAGAAUGUCUAGAGAAAAUAAAUACUUCAAUAUUUUUAGAUAUGUCAUAGAAGCUACUGGUGAAUUCUUGAGAUAUAAGUGUUAUUUUAUCUUACCUUAAUCACAGAAAUCCAAGUGUAUGAAUGCCCAUUGGAUGGGCAAUUGUAAGCGCCAGGCUACUAUGUUAUGAAAAUAAAAACUCCAAUACUUUUA